AUGCGGUUGCCGAUCAUAUCGACAGCCUCGACUCUACUUGCAGCGCUGCUGCUGUACAGUCCCCAGCAAGCUCAAGCCUCGCUAGCAAAGUCGGACAGUCUCACCACGCUCUUUGAGGCGCUCGCCGAUCUUACCCGUGCUCCUUCUCAAAAACAUCUUGCUGCCGACCACAAAAUAGUAGGCUUGAGCUCCGAUCCGACUCAGCCUGGUGUUCAGUGGAACGUACAACAGACCCAGUCCACACUCCUCCAAGAUGGUCAGCUCAACAAGCCUGACUUUACGCUGGUCACACAGGGAGAAGAGACACCCUCAAGCACUCCGCCAUCUUCUGCAUCGGCUUUACCGGACGCUACCUCCACUUCUAGCUCGGCUGGCCAAAAUCCGGGUAUCGUCAAUGCCAAGCAGGCCUUCUCUUCAAGCUCCUUCUUUCCCGUCAAUCCUCCUUCGUUCCCACUGGCUGUACGAAGUCCUUACCUCAACGCUUGGCUGCCCUCAGGCUCCAACCUCGCCUCCACGCCUCCCAAUGCCGUCGGCAAUGGCGGUUACCUAGCUGGUCAGUGGUCCUCCUUCUGGACUACGUCGUACGGCGCUGACGGCGAGUUCCGUCUGGGCUGGACCGGCUACAUCCGUAUAGACAAUGUCACCUACGAGUGGAUGGGCAACGGUUUUGGCACUCUGGUCCGUGCCGGGCCUGCUGCCAAACAGCUCAGUGCCGAGUACACUGCUACGCGUACCAUCUUUGCGUUUGAAGCCGACAAGGUCCGAUUCAAUGUCACGUUCCUCACUCCUAUCACUCCAGACGACUACCUCCGUCAGAGCUUGCCUCUAAGCUACCUCCACGUCGAGCUUGAUCCUUCGACCAUCAAGGGCCGCAGCAUCCAGCUGUACACAGACAUUGACGAACGUUGGGUCACUGGCCACGACUACGACUACGAAGAAUACCCCUAUGACCAGCAAUACUAUGACAAAAACAACACUAGCGUCUUCUUUGUCACUCGCAAGCAGCCUCGGAUUUACACCGAGUUCCGUCAACGCGCAGAGUGGGGCAAUGCCACCUAUGCUGCACGCAAACACCCCGGACUCUACUCGAGGAACAACAACAACGUCGUCACCCACUCCGAGUUCAUCAACACGGGCAAGCUUUCGUUCGACCAUGGACCCGUCCUCGGCCCGGACAACUCCUUUGCGUUUGCCGUCGAUUUUGAUGUCAAACACGCUGACAAGGAUGCGCUCUUUGUCAUCGGACACAUGCGCACCCCCUACGUCAACUACAUCCGCGCCAAACACCCUGGCACCAACUCGACCAAGAGCUACCAGGAAGAUCGAUACGGCUACUGGCAGACCAAGUUUGGCGACAAGCUCGACGACGCUGUCGCCUUCUUUGUCAACGACUUUGACUCUGCGCUUGCAAAGGCCAAGAAGUUUGACCGCCAGGUGCUGCAAGAUUCUAGGGCAGCUGUAGGUGGCGGCGAUGUAGGUGACAAGUACGCUGCCAUCACCCAGCUCUCGCUCCGCCAAGCCUUUGCCACGUUUGAGAUCACCGUCAGCAAGGACUCCAAGGGCAGAUACAACACCUCCGACACGCUCCUCUUCCUCAAGGAGAUCUCGUCCAACGGUGACAUGUCGACGGUCGACGUCAUCUUCCCGCUCUUCCCUCUGCUUUCGUAUGCCAAUCCUGACCUGCUGAAGGAUCUCAUGCUUCCCAUCUUUGAGUACACCGAGUCCGGUCUGUACCCAAACAAGUGGUGUGUACACGACCUCGGUACCUACCCUAACGCGUUUGGCUACAACGACGGCAAUGACGAGCCCAUGCAGGUCGAAGAGUCGGGCAACAUGAUCUGGAUGGUGCUCCACUGGGCUCAACUUGUGGGCAGAUCGAAAGCAGUGCCUUUCCUCGAGCAACAUUACGACAUUAUGAAGCAAUGGACCGAGUUUUUGGUCGAAGAUAGUCUCAUCCCGGCCGAGCAGCUUUCCACCGACGACUUUGCCGGCACGCUUGCCAAUCAGACGAAUCUUGCCAUCAAGGGCAUCUCUGCCAUUGCUGCCAUGGGCAAGAUUGCCGACAUGCUGGGUCGCAACAAGGAUGCCAAGUCGUAUGCCAACAUUUCGUCUUCUUACAUCAAGAACUGGCAGGAAUUUGCCAUCUCGCACGACGCCUCGCACACCAAGCUUGCCUACCAGACCGACGCCUCUUGGGGAACGUUGUACAACCUGCUUGCCGAUCGGCUUCUCAACCUCAAUCUGGUGCCGCAUGCUGUGUACAAGAUCCAGGACGCCUGGUAUCCACGUGUCCAGGAGAAGUACGGUGUACCGCUCGACUCGAGACACAAAUGGACCAAGACCGACUGGGAGAUGUUUGCUGCUGCUGCUUCAGACGACGCUGCUACCCAAAAACUCUUCAUCGAUCUGCUGUACAGCUUUAUCAGCGCUGGAAAGACGGAUGCUCCCUUUACUGAUCUCAUGGAGAGCACCACGGGCGAUUUCCCCAAGGAGCCUGAAGACCCUCUCAUCCACUUUCUGGCACGACCUGUGGUGGGCGGACACUUUAGCUUCCUGGCCAAAGCGAAGGCGGACAAGGCGAAUGGAGUUUCCAGCGGUGGAUACGAGUACGGCGACGAGAACGAUGUGAUCACAAACAAGCCUCAGCCGGGCCAGGGUGGUAAUAAGAAGCAGCAGGAACGUAAGAAAUCUGCUAUGCUUUCGAGCGGUUCGCAGCGUGCGUUCCAAGUGCAGCCCUAG